AUGUGGCAUCUCUCAUCGAUUCUCCUCGCCGCUCUGCUACCAGCUACCAUCUGGGCGGCACCGGCAAAGAGAGAGUCCGCGCCCACUGUCACCAUUGCCUCGCCCUCUGCAACCAUUAUCGGGGCAGCUGGUGCCACGGUGGAAAGCUUCAAUGGCAUUCCUUUUGCCCAGGCUCCAACAGGCGCGCUGAGAUUGAAGCCUCCCCAGGCUAUCUCGACAGCAUUGGGCACCGUCGAGGCGACCGGCACUGCAAUGGCAUGCCCACAGUUCUUCUUCUCUACCGAUCCAUCAGACCUCCUCACCUCAAUCAUCGGGGAUACCCUGGAUAUUCCUCUGUUCCAAGAAAUCACCGACUCCGGCGAGGACUGUCUGACGGUGAACAUCGUUCGCCCCACGGGAACCGAUUCCAGCUCCAAUCUUCCAGUUCUCUUCUGGAUCUUCGGCGGCGGCUUUGAACUAGGCGGCACUAGCAUGUACGACGGAGCGACCUUGGUGGAGGCCUCGAUCAAGAUGGAUAUGCCAAUUGUCUUCGUGGCGGUCAACUACCGCGUCGGGGGCUUUGGGUUCCUGCCCGGAAAGGAGAUCCUGGCCGAUGGCUCAUCCAAUCUGGGACUCCUAGAUCAGCGUCUGGGACUAGAAUGGGUGGCUGACAAUAUCGCUGCCUUUGGGGGAGAUCCGUCCAAGGUGACGAUCUGGGGCGAGUCAGCUGGAUCCAUCUCUGUGUUUGACCAGAUGGCGCUCUACGACGGCGACAUCACCUACAACGGCUCGCCACUCUUUCGCGGCGCCAUCAUGGACUCUGGCAGCAUCGUCCCCGCCGAUCCGGUGGAUUGCCCCAAAGGACAAACCGUCUAUGACACAGUGGUCGAUACGGCCGGGUGCUCCUCUGCGAACGACACGCUGACCUGCCUGCGUGACCUCGACUACGAGACCUUCCUGAAUGCAGCCAACUCGGUGUCCGGCAUCCUCAGCUACACUUCCGUGGCAUUGUCCUACCUGCCACGUCCAGAUGGGACCGUGUUGACCAAGUCCCCGGAUGUGCUGCUGGAGAACGGCGAGUACGCCAAGGUACCAUUUAUCAUCGGCGACCAGGAAGACGAAGGCACGAUCUUCGCGCUGUUCCAGUCAAACAUCACUACCGAAGCGGAGGUGGCCAGCUAUCUCCUCGACGUCUUUUUCCACGACGCCACGCUGGAGGAGAUGCAGGAGCUGGUCGACGAAUACCCCAACACUACCACCGACGGCUCACCCUUUGGCACCAGCAUCUUCAACAACUGGUACCCGCAGUACAAGCGUAUCGCUGCCAUCCUGGGCGACCUCACCUUCAUCCUCACGCGGCGGGCCUUCCUCAAUGGCGCCAGGGAGGUCAACCCAGACGUUCCCUGCUGGUCAUACCUGUCCUCGUACGACUACGGCACACCCAUUCUGGGGACCUUCCACGGUAGCGACCUGCUCCAGGUCUUUUACGGCAUCCUGCCGGACUACGCCUCGGCCGCCAUCCAGAGCUACUACUUCUCCUUUGUUUACGAGCUCGACCCCAACGCUGCGGGCACGUACAUGGACUGGCCCGAGUGGGAGACCAGCAAUCUCACGCUAAUGAACUUCAACGCGGACGAUGCCGCGCUCAUCACCGAUGACUUCCGCCAGGAGGCGUACGAGUUUAUCGUGGCCAACAUUGAUACUCUCCAUAUCUAG